AUGAUCUCGGGGUCUGCUCAAGACUUCAAGCUGGUACUCGACUAUCUUCCCGCCUAUUUACCUCAGUUCAGUCGAUUCUACAAUAUUAUGGCCGGUGUCUCUCUAGGGGGACACACAGCUUGGCGGAUCGCCUCCUUGAUUACACCAGGCCAGUUCCAUGCAUACACCAUGGUAGUUGGAUGUCCCGAUCUAUCCACUCUGCUAUUAGAUCGUCUCGGAGUUGACCCAGCUCCUACGAAAAAGGCUGUCCUCGACUAUGAGGAACUUGAGAUGAACGCAACGCAAAGGCGGAGAUGGCCGCGCGCUUUGGCGGAAAUGGUACAUCGCGAUGACCAGAAAGUCGCUAAUGAGUUCCCAGCGAAUGUACCUUUGCUCUUGUGCAACGGCGUCCAUGAUAAACUGGUACCUGCAAAAUAUACAGCGGCAUGGGUAGAUGCGAGACGUAAGGAGCAGGAUUCGACCCGCAGCAAGCAAGAUAUAAGAUUCUUUGUACAGGAAGAUACUGGACACAGCUGUACUAAGGAGAUGGUUGCGAUGAUGGCUGUUUGGUUGCGAGAUAUCCUUCCUAGCUCUGCUCAUCCGUCUCUAUAG